GUGACAGCCCUUUUGACAGUUACAUAUUUUCAUAGAAAUUUCUCCUUCACAUCUAGAAAAAAGCUUAUUGUUCAAUAAUAAUUGUUUGUUUAUUAGAUUUUUUUAACAAUAUUAUCGUUCUAGAAAACAAUUUCCAUCUUAUUAGGCAAUAAUGAGUGUUAUAAUAUCGUAUACUAUAAAUAGAUCAAGCCGCAGUUAGUUCGUAAUUUUGUCUGAUUGUGAUGGUCGAUCAGACAUAUUGAGUAAUACUUAGCAAAUAUGGGUCGGAGAGAGGAUCCUGCUUGGACAAAGGGCACAGUAGGGCUGACUGCCGCCCGGGAACGCGGAGAUGUCGAUAGACAAUUCCAGAGUCGCCUUGUGGUGACCAGAAGCAUGAUUAACCGGUUAGGACUCGAGAAGGAGCUUCACGGGCACUCUGGCUGUGUAAAUUGCCUCGAAUGGAAUCACGACGGAUCUAUACUAGCAUCGGCCUCUGACGAUCUUCAUGUGAUUUUGUGGGACCCCUAUCGGUAUAAGCAGCUUCAUAAUAUAGCUACAGACCAUACAGGCAAUAUAUUCUCAGUGAAGUUCCUGUCGGCGGACACGGUGGCGACGUGCGCGGCGGACGGCACGGUGCGCGCGCGGUCGCUGGCGGGCGGCGCGGCGCUGCGGGACUGCUCGUGCCACUGCGGCCGCGUCAAGCGCCUCGCCGCCGCGCCCGACAACCCGCAGCUGCUGUGGUCCGCCGGCGAGGACGGGCUCGUGCUACAACACGACAUGCGAAUGUCACAUCGCUGCAACUCGGACUCCGCUAACGUACUAGUGAACCUGCUGAACCACCUCGGCCGCUACGCGGAGGCCAAGUGCGUCGCAGUGAACCCCCGCAGGCCGUAUCAGCUCGCGGUCGGCGCGAACGACUUCUACGUGCGACUAUACGAUACUAGGAUGAUCAAAUUGGCGAAACUUCAGGUAAACGCGCCGUCGUCGCGGCUGAUGUGGGAGCGGCAGCACGUGCGGUGCUCGCGGGCCGGCCACGGCGACCCCGACCUCAACGUGCCGCGCUCCGCCGUGCACUAUUUCGCGCCAGGUCAUUUAUCAAUGGAGCCGAAUGAACACACGUUCCCGAAGAAGGCGACCACAUACGUAGCUUUUAGUCACGACGGCAACGAAUUACUAGUCAACCUUGGCUCUGAACAGGUAUAUCUGUUUGACAUAAACUCAGCUCGACGGCCGGUGCUCGUGGAGAGCUUUAUCAUCCAGCACAAUCACGGCUACCGCGAGGGGGAGGCCAAGCAGGGGCCGCGGAACGGUACCAACGGCACCAACGUAGCCCACGGACCCAUGGACCCGCCCGCACAACUGCCCGAACCUGUACGGCUUCUUAAGGAGAAGGCCAACGAGUACGUGAACAAGGGUGACUACUCAGCAGCGGUGCAGCUGUACAACAGCGCCAUCGGCCUCUGCCCCAACUGCGCCGUGCUGUACUCCAACCGCGCCGCCGCGCUCAUGCGGCGAGGCUGGUCGGGCGACACGUACGCGGCCAUCAAGGACUGCUACCGCGCCAUCAAGCUGGACGGCUCGCACGUGAAGUCGCACUUCCGCCUCGCCAAGGGACUCAUGGACGUGAAGCGGGCGCGCGAGGCGCACGAGUGCCUGCUGUACUUCAAGGACAAGUUCCCGCGCCACGCCGCCUCGCACGCCGUCUUCCUGCUGCAGAAGGACAUCAACGUCGCGCUCGAGACGCUCGAGACGCAGCCCGACGAAGCAGCUGACGAGGCGGAGGAGAACCAGUCCACGAGCGUCCUCGAGCGGCAGCUGCGGGCCGCCGCGCUCGACUACUCGCAGCGGUUCCUGGGCCACUGCAACACCACCACUGACAUCAAGGAGGCCAACUUUCUUGGGCCUGAUGCCAACUUUGUAGCCGCUGGGUCGGACGACGGCAGCAUGUUCAUCUGGUGCCGGCGCUCGGGCAACAUCGUGCGCGUGCUGCGCGGCGACGAGUCGAUCGUGAACUGCGUGCAGCUGCACCCGUCCGCCUGCCUGCUGGCCUCCAGCGGCAUCGAGGCCGUCGUGCGGCUGUGGAGCCCGCGGCCCGACGACGAGCCCGAGCCGCGCCUGGUGGCCGACGCGGCCGCCGCCGCGCACGCCAACCAGCAGCGCAUGCGCAGCGACCCCUUCGAGGCCAUGCUGCUCAACAUCAGCUUCGCGGGCGGACCCGACCGCGACCCGCACUCGCCCGCCUGCAGGCCCACAUAGGUAAUGUCGCGGAGUGUCCGCGCCGGCCGCAUCACGCGCUGCCACUGUUACCCCAUAAUCAUGACGUCACGAUGAGUUAUUCGUCUGUAAAUAAUUAUUAUACAUUAAUGAUAGAACCGUCGUUGUCAUUAUUUCUACAAUUCUUCGAGAGGUUAAUGAUAUUUUUUUUGUUGUCGGCCGUUCGUCCGAUGCGCCGAGGUUUUAUUCUAAUUUUAAAAAUAAAUGAUGCCACUCUAUGGUCUUGUUUAUGGAUACUGUAGAUAACUUAUUUUUGUAAUACGUCUAGGUAUAUAAAGGUGAUACAUUGAGACGUUGUUUGCUAUAAAAUACAAUCGAAUCCAAGAUUUGCUUAUUAUAUAUAAUGUAGGGGUCUCUAAAUCAUAUAUAUAUA